ACUACCACUACAGUUUUCACACGAAUAAUAACAAUUGCCAACGUGUUAGUCAAGAUCUAUGACUAUACCGUAGUUUGAUUGCGUGGAAGUACCAGCUUACUUUAUAUUUGUUUAAAAUGAGUUCUUGGAUGCAAUAUAUUAAAUCCGUCCCAACGCAUAUGGAUUAUGAUGGUCAAGCUCGGGCAGAAAAAUUAUCAAGGCUCAUCAUAACACUUUUUGGAAUAGUUGGAUUAAUAUGGGGAUAUGUUAUUCAACAAUUUUCACAAACAAUUUAUAUCCUUGGUGCAGGAUUGGUGAUGGCUGCUCUAAUCACAGUUCCUCCAUGGCCCAUGUAUCGUCGUAAACCUUUAGAUUGGCAGAAGCCACAGUCUGGAGUUACCACCAAGUUAAAAAAGAAAAAAUAGUCUACCCCAGCUGUACUUAAUAAGAUGUUAUUCUUGUAAAAAAUGCCAGUACUUGAUAAGGAUUUACAGCGCAAAAAUACUUUGUAUAUCAUUUUAUAACUAAGCAAUGUAUUUAUGACUGUGAAAGCAAUGGAUGAAAGUAAUGGAUGUGACAAAUGCAGAUUGAAUCAAUAUUUUUUACUUCAUCAGCAGUGUAGAAUAUAUAGACUAAUGUAUAUAAUUCAAAUUAUAUCGUACUAUGUAAAGAUAGUGCUCGUACCAUCAGAUUGCAUUUACUUUUGUAUCUAUAUAUCAAAAUAAGAAUAAAACUCAUUGUUUAAUAAA